AUGACUCAAAUCAAUCAACGCCAGGACUGGGAAGGGCCAUUGAAGCUACUGCAAAAGCAGCUCUACGAGGAAGAACUCUGCCGUUUGCGGGAAUGUAGAUCUCUCGCUGUUUUUCAAGACCAGCUAGAAACACUCAAAGAGGAUCGGGGAGCUCUCCAAUUCGAAGGAUCAUGGAAGUUUCUCCAAACCGUGGUCAAGCGGCUUAGCCCUCUAGUAGCAGCUGUUGAGUACGUUGCCCCUAGUCUAGGCAUUCCUUCAUGCAUGUGGGGGGCCAUGAUUCUACUUCUUGAUGCCGUGAGCUUGAGAAAGCAAUAUUUGGACACCGUUCUCGGGUACUACGAUGGCUUAAUUUCGAUUCUGCCAUGCCGAGAAAAUCUCAAGUCGAUAAUGGCAGAUAAUCCAGAGCUUGAAGGGGUUGUGUUGAAUUUCUACAAACACUACCUCGAUUGUAGUGGGCAGUUUCUCCAAAUGUUCUCUCCAAGACGAUCUGUCGCCAAGCGGUUUUACCGGAGGGUUCUUUUUCUUCGUAACCUUUAUGGGCUCUCAGAUUCCAUGAAUGCUCUCAAGUCAGCGGCAGAAAAAGCUACAAAAGCAUACCGAAUCACCUCGGAGCAACAACGUCAAAAUAUUAUACAAGAGGAUCUGAAUCAGAUCAAAUCAGCCGUCGAACAAAUGAACCGAGAUCCACCCCAAGAGUCUCUCAGCCGGCUUGCGUAUGUUCGAUCUAGCAGCUUCAGGCAUACACUCCCCCCCAGCGGCAUCACAUUCACUGGGCGAUCGGCAGAGUUGAAAGCACUACAUACCUACCUUGGUCCUCUUACUGAAUCAGACCAUGACCAAACUCCUGGUCUGCGUUCUGUCGUUUUAUGGGGCCUUGGUGGGAUGGGCAAAUCGCAGCUCGCAUUAGCCUACGCCCAUCAGCAUAAAUCUUCAUACAAGGCUUGUUUCUGGAUACAAUGUGAAGAUUUGGUCAACAUAUGCAAUGGAUUCAUGAAGAUUGCGAGAAAACUCGGUUAUGAGCCUGCGGGCUUAGAGGCAGACGUACUAAGCGUCAAAAACUGGCUGGAGAACGAAGGUACUAGCACAACAGGUUCCAAAUAUCCCGUACUUUCAUUUUCAAUACUGGCGCUAAUAUCUAGUCUUUUCGGGGCAGGAAAACAGUGGCUUCUUGUGUUAGACGGUGCGGACAUGGGGCCAACCCCUGAGUUUCUCCAGCAGUACUGGCCAUCGGGAGACGAGGGCUCCGUUCUUGUGACAAGCCAAGAUAAACAAUGGCAGAUUUCCGACUAUGUCCGCCACAACCUUGAAGUUUCCAGUCUAUCUGAAGAUGAUGGACUUCAGUACAUUAAUCAGUUUAUGAGGAAUCACGGAAGGAGUGUUGGACCAAGAGAGGCGGCGACCAUUCUUGCAGAGUCAGGCAGGCUGCCCCUGGCAUUACAUCAAAUGCUUUCCUUCAUGGUGACCGAGAGCCUUAGUGCAGAAGAGUUUUUGGACCAAUUUAUGAAUAGCCGAUCGGUGGAUGACUGGGACAUGUCGACAUCGCGCAAUCUGGCAACUUUUCUCAACCUCGCCUUCAAGAACCUCAACGAUCCGACGAAGAAGGUACUCGAGAAUUUAUCGUUACUCGAUGUCAAUCGAAUUCCUGGUUUCCUGGUGAAGAAAAUAAAAGAACUUUUGGCUAGCGAUGGCGCACAAUUCAAUCAUUUGACUCGAUACUCCCUCAUAAACAAAUCAAAAGAAGAUGGCGAUUUCUACGAGAUGCAUCCGCAGGUCAAGAGACAAGUCAUCCUACGUAUGCCCCCAGAACACCUGAAAGAAAGGGCACAGUGGGUUACCGGCCAACUUCGAGAGUAUUUCCCUCGCCAGUCAGUCUUUGGCGCUGAACUGGACGACACAAAUCCAAAUUGCCCAUCAUUGAUAGCACAUGUACUAGCUUUUAAGACGACCAUAAAUCGUUACAACUGCGAUAUUCAAGAUAUCGAGAACCUUGCUAGCUUGUAUCUAGAUGGCGGCAUCUACUCUUGGGCCCGUGGGCUACUCGAGGUCGGACGAGACCUCACCGACGCAGCAAGGACGCUGUGCGGAACAGGCAAAGUUUCUCUGUUCACCAAAGCACAGAUAUUCUCCUUCCAUGCUUCCAUCAUCUCCGACAGUGGGAGACUCAGGGAGGGCCUCCGCGAAUUCGAGUACGCACUCAUCUUCAGCAUGCGCUACGUUUCCGAAACGGAGGACUCUGAGCCUUCGGAGCCCCUAGCACUACUUUCAAAUGCCUAUAACAAUGUGGCGGCAGCCCAUAACCGCCUCGGCAAUUUUGAGGAGGCUUCAAGGUACAACAACCAGGCCUUGAGCUUAAAGAUGAGUUUGGAAGAACGCGGUCUUCCUAUGUCACACUCCCUCUGUCUAACAUACCAAACGAUGGCCUAUACAAAAGCACAGCAAGGGGACAUUGCGGGUUCAGUUUCGUGCUUUGAGAAAGCCAUCGAAUACGGCUCUGUGUCUGAAGAAUCCAUUCCGAGAUUGGCAUUGGCGCAACAUAACUUCGCACAUCUUAGGCUAUUGGAGGGCAAUCUUAAAGAUGCCUGUGAUCUAUUCUUUACAGCUUGGGGAACCAGAGCUGAGAAACAUGGCGACCACCCAGAUACGGGUAUUUCACAACACAUGCUAGCUCAUUGCUAUCAUAAAUUGGGGGGAAAGGAAAACUUGGAGUUUGCUAGAUCGUUAUUGCAACAGGCAGUCGUACUGUUCGAGGAGCGACUUUCGGAACCCGACAAUAAGAGAUUAGCCUGGUCUCUGUUUAAGCUUGCGCUGGUUCAAGAUGAACUUGGAGAUCUCAAGGCCGGAGAGAACCGUAUAAGGGCAGAGGAACUGUAUUUCCAGGAAACGGGACAUUCCGAAGUCACAUUGACCGAGGAUCUACUCAAUGAUUUAAGUCCCUUAGACCCGAUGGUAGCCUCGCUAAGCCUCAAUGUACAGGGUCAUUUGGACUCCCAAUACAUUCCAUUCCGAAGUGCACGCUGGAACUUUCUGAAGACCCUUCGCUUCUCCCUCCUACUUAAAAAUGGUAUCUUUUCGAAGACAGAAUUCGGCAGCAACCGCCCAGUCUCUCAAAAUUCGUUCGCAGUUUGUUCCGCAGGAGCACCUAUCUAUUUCCGUGAAAUGGAUACACAGGAAGACCAUAAAACACUAGGGAAGAUCGGAUACCUGAAGCGGCUUGAACUCUAUGGAACAGAAAAGCCGUAUCAAAUAACGGUCCGCCCGAAGUAUGUCCAAGACUCGGACGCGCAGAAGACAAACAUUGUUAUCGAUCCACAGGUCGUCAAGAUUACUGAUAUCAUUAAUCGACGGGGUGAAUUUAGCACGGAUAUUCAGGGUUUCGAGCUCGCCACUUUUCCCAGUUCGUUAUCCUCUGAUGAACUCCAGGACUUAGACGAGAUUGAGUCUCGUUACUAUGCCGAAGCCAAGGAAUUUCUCAUGCGAAGAUAUAAUGCUCACAGAGUGCUCAUAUUCGAUACGACGAUUAGACGCUCGAAACCAGGUCGCAACACGGACACUACCCUCCUCAAGAACCAACAGAUUCUAGGGCCAUCCAUUGACUGUCAUGUCGAUCAAAGCCCCAAUAGCGUUCGCAAGAGAGUGAGGAAGAACUUUCCUAAUGACGCAGACCAGCUAUUGGCUCAGCGCGUGCAAGUAGUCAACAUAUGGCGAGCUCUCCGCUUCCCAUGUCAAAUCCGUCCUUUGGGCUUGUGCGACUACAGAUCGACCAGACCUGGAGACUAUACACCAGCUGAUCUUGUCUCAUCCGUUUGGGAAGGCGAGACAUUGCAAAUUUACCACAACCCUAACCACGAGUGGUGGUUCGCCAGCAAGAUGGAAGCGGACGACGUGCUUCUCAUCAAAAUGUUUGACUCUGAGGGAGAAAGGGAGGGUAACGAAACGGCCAUGUGUACACCUCAUUGCUCUUUCGACUGGGAAGACGCCCCUGAGGGAUCGCAUGGGCGAGAGAGCAUGGAAAUCAGAGCAAUUAUAUUUUCUGAACUCUAG